CCACACAUCUCAUGCCACCACUGCACCGACCAUAGUGUCCGGAAACCAAGAUGAGGAUGUGUCCAGUUAUGGAGAGGGAGGAGUUGGAAAAGAUUGGGCGAUGGAGAGGAUGGCGGAGCAGUUGCGCCAGUUGCAGGACAAGGUAGAGGGGAGGCCAGAGAGGAGAGCUCGAGGAUAUCCCUUUUCAAGGGAGAUUGUCGUUGCUCUCUUGCCGAAUAAUUUCAAGGAGACCAACUUGGUGUAUGAUGGGUCUUCUAACCCGUCGAGGCAUGUGAGGACCUUUGAGAAUAUGGCUGUGUUGCAUGGAUAUUCUGAUUCUGUUUGUUGCAGGGCGUUUCUGUCGACCUUGCGUGGAGGAGCACUGGACUGGUUUCAUCAGUUACCCUCUGGGUCGAUUGCGGAUUUUGAGGAUUUUGCCAGCAAGCUUACCAACCAAUAUUUGAGUGCGGUGGCGCAUGAGAAAACGUAUUUGACGUUGAUGGCAAUGAGACAGGGGGAGAACGAGUCAUUGAGGAGGUAUGUUGCUCGAUACAGUCAGACGUGUUUGGAGGUGCACUCGGCCUCAGAUGAGGUGAAGGCCGGGGGAUUGAUAAGAAGUCUUCGAGAAGGGCCUUGUCGAAAUUCCCUGGCAAAGACCCCUGAGGAAAGGAGUGAUCGGGAUGAAGAAAGAAAUGACGGAGAGGGCCGAGGUGGUGGAGGAAAAAAGCCGAGAAGAGAUGGAGAUAAAGGGGGCCAGGGAGGGGAAGCCCUGAUAAAAAGAGGGAAAAUUUACAUGAUUUCCAGAGGGCCAAUGGACGGUGACUCGAACAGGGCCAGGAAGGAGCAUGCUCGAGCUGUGAAGAGGAAAAGAGAGGAGGUGGGGAUUACGGCUCGUAUGCCGGUGAUAAGUUUUAAGGCGGAGGAUGCCGAGGAAGUGGUCCUACCGCACAACGAUGCUUUGGUGAUAACAGCGGAGGUUACAAGCUUUGACGUGAAGAGGGUGUUUAUUGAUACCGGAAGUUCGGUAGAUGUGAUGUUCUAUGACUGUUUUGUGCAAAUUAAUAAGGAGUUGAAUAUGGAGUUGAAACCGGUGACCACGACACUUUAUGGUUUCAAUGGAAGAGAGGUGAUGCCGAUGGGCGAGAUAAGCUUGCCGGUGGCAUUGGAAGAAAGAGAGCUGAGGAAGCUGUGUAUGGUGAGGUUUGUGGUCGUAGGAGCUGAAUCAUCUUAUAACAUCAUUAUGGGGCGGACGAGCUUGAAUGC